CCCCGCGGUGCGCACCCCGCGCCCGGACCCGCCGCCGCCCGCGCGCGCGUCCGCGUUCCCGUGCCUGUCCCCGGCCCCGCCUGGAAGCUCCGCUGAAGAUGGCGAGCCCGGCGCCCGGAGAGCACGCCGAGGAAGGAUGCCCGGCUCCGGCCGCCGCCGAGCAGGCGCCGCAGCCGCCGCCGCCCCGGGCUCCCCCGGAGCGGGAGGAGGAGGACGCGCAGGAGGAAGGGGCGGCGGCGACCCGCGCGGGGCCGCAGGUGGAGGAGGCCGCGGGCCGGGUGGCCGCCGCCGUGACCUGGCUGCUUGGGGAGCCGGUGCUGUGGCUGGGCUACCGCGCCGAUGAGCUCCUGAGCUGGAAGAGGCCGCUGCACAGCCUGCUCGGCUUCCUUGGGGCCAACCUGCUGUUUUGGUUUGUUGCAUUGACUCCAUGGAGAGUGUAUCACCUGAUUUCCGUCAUGAUACUCGGACGUGUUAUUAUGCAAAUAAUAAAGGAUAUGGUUUUGUCUAGAACAAGAGGUGCACAGUUGUGGAGAAGCCUCAGCGAAAGCUGGGAAGUUAGCACUUCCAAACCAGAUGAAAGAACUAGACUCAGCCACUGUAUUGCAGAAUCAUGGAUGAAUUUCAGCAUAUUUCUUCAAGAAAUGUCUCUUUUUAAACAGCAGAGUCCUGGAAAGUUUUGUCUCCUGGUCUGCAGUGUGUGCACGUUUUUUACGGUCUUAGGAAGUUACAUCCCUGGGGUUAUACUCAGCUAUCUACUAUUACUGUUUGCAUUUUUGUGUCCACUGUUUAAAUGUAAUGAUAUCGGACAAAAAAUAUACAGCAAAAUCAAGUCAGUUCUGCUGAAACUAGAUUUUGGAAUUGGAGAAUAUAUUAACCAGAAGAAACGUGAGAGAGCUGAAGCAGAUAAAGAAAGAAGUCACAAAGAUGACAGUGAAUUGGACUUUUCGGCUCUUUGUCCUAAGAUUAGCCUCACGGUUGCUGCCAAAGAGUUAUCUGUGUCUGACACAGACGUCUCAGAAGUAUCCUGGACUGAUAAUGGGACCUUCAACCUUUCAGAAGGAUACACUCCGCAGACAGACACUUCUGAUGAUCUUGACCGGCCUAGUGAGGAAGUUUUCUCUCGAGAUCUUUCAGAUUUUCCGUCUGUAGACAAUGGCACGGGAACAAAUGAUGAAGAUGAAUUAAGUCUUGGCAUGCCCACUGAGCUCAAGAGAAAAAAGGAACAGUUGGACAGUGGUCCCAUGCCAAGCAAAGAGAGGCAGUCAGCAGCUGGUCUCACCCUUCCUCUGAAGAGUGAUCAAGCCUUUAACUUGAUGAGCAACCUGGCUGGGGAUGUCAUUACAGCUGCAGUGACUGCUGCUAUCAAAGACCAGUUAGAAGGUACCAGGCAGGCACUUGCUCAGGCUGCUCCUAGCCCAGGAGAGGAUACAGACACUGAAGAAGGUGAUGACUUUGAACUACUUGACCAGGCAGAGCUGGAUCAAAUUGAGAGUGAACUGGGACUUACGCAAGACCAGGAAGCAGAAGCACAGCAAAGUAAGAAGUCUUCAGGCUUCCUUUCAAAUCUACUUGGAGGUCAUUAAUCUAGGAAUCAGCUUGCAACAGAGAACAGAUGAACCACCAAAAAAUUUCAGACAAAUGAAAAAAAAAAAAAGAAAAAAAAUUGGAACUGUAGGCUUUAAUGAUUACUUUAGAUUGUUUUUGUUUUAUUUUCCCUUCUGCAGUGAAUUGGAUAUAUAUCAGCUGACACUGAUAGAUUGGUAUUUCUGAUAGUUAUUUUUAUGUAAUAAGCAUGGAAAUGAACUUUAUAUAUGCAUAUAUACAUACUGUGGUGUCAGAAAUGAAUAUUAGGAGUUGUUUUUGAAG